GUUAUACAUCUUUAGAUUGUAUACCUGACUUUCUACUAUAAAAUUAAAGAAAUAGACGGAACGCUGAACUCCAGACUAAACAACUCAAACAACAUUUAUUUAGGUGAUAAACAUACAUAUAUUUAGUUAUACAUCUUUAGAGGUGAGAAUAACGAGCUGUCGAGUAUAAGACCGAAAGAUGUAGGGACAGCUUUUAAACACACGUCCAUGCUCAAUCCCUGCUCUUCUCUAAAAAAAUCAACUGGCAAACAGUCUUGCUUUCAGCUUGCCACAAGCCAGAAUGAAUUAUUAUUCCGACCAGAAAAUCCUGGCUAGCUCUUUGCAAGAAUCUGUGGAUUUUUAAUUGAAGAUUAUCUUUAUUCUCUUUGCUGAUCGAAUGCUUUCUUACUUGUUGAAACAUUAUCGCAUUAUAUAUUACAUAUAUAUGUACAUAAAUAUUUCAGAUGUUUUUUGCCAUGGGGGCAGCUUGGGGGAGGUGGGGAUGAGUCAAUUACAGCGACCCCAGUGUUCUACUGGUCCUUAUUUUAUUGACCCCCGAAAGGAUGAAAGGCAAAGUUGACUUCAGUGAAAUUUGAACUCAGAACGUUGCGGCAGACGAAAUACCACUUAGCAUUUCACCUGACAUGUUAACGAUUCUCCCAGCUCACCACUUUAACAUAUAUAUCCAUAUAUACAUACAUAUAUAUACAUACAUGCAUAGAAAUAAGAGCUAAAGUGCUCUGGUGCUGCAUUCAAUGCACACACUUGUAUAUAUACACACUGGCAGCAACUGUAAACGGCCGAAAGUGGCAGUCGUGAUAUCCCUGGAUCAUCAAUGGUUUCGGUUUUAACACCGAAGACUCAUCAGCAGCGCCAGGACAACUCACUGACCCUGUUGAUGAGUGCCUAUUUUAUGCCUGGUACUUAUUCUAUUGGUCUCUUUUGCUAAACCGCUAAGUUAUGGGGAGGUGAACACGCCAACACCGGUUGUCAAACAGUGGCGGGGGACAAACAUGGACACAAUGACACACACACAUGAUGGACUUCUUAUAGUUUCCGUCUACCCAAUCCACUAACUAAGCUUUGGUUGGCCCCAAGGCUAUAGUAGAAGCUUGCCCAGGGUGCCAUGCGGUGGGACUGAACCCAGAGACAUGUGGUUGGGAAGUAAUCUUCUUACCUGAUUUCUUUAUUUCAGAAAAAGUUGUGUUUGGAGGAAGUGCUACCCUCUCUAUAAGCAUUCCAAACAUGAUGAGACCUGUGGUGUGGCGAUGUGAAAACUAUAAAUAUGAAUGUGAAUGGACAUGCGCUAACGGCAGAGAUUAUAAAGUUACGCAGAGUGGAGAUACUUCGACUCUUUGGAUCCGAAGAGUAACUGAGAGAUGUUUGCAUUGGAAAUUUGAAGACGACAACUUGAAUAUUGGAUUUAUUAAGUUGCAGCUAAACAAUUUGACAAUUGCAGAAAAUUAUAAAAUUUUCCAAAAUGGACCAGCUGUGCUUGGAGGGAAUAUUACCCUUCAUAUCGAAGUGCCAAAUAUGGCAAGAAUUAUUGUCUGGAGAAACAAGUAUUAUAACCUCGAAUGUGACUGGACUUGUGACAGGAAUGGCAAGCAUGAAGUUAGCCAUACUGAGAACGUUUCAUCUCUUUCAAUUAAAAAUAUCACUGGAAAAGAUUUAUCUUGGACCUUUUGUGACAGAAACCAUUGCUCUCCAGAAUUUACUUUGGAGAUUAAAGGUAAGGAAAUUACUUCUGCUAAUAAUAACAAUAAUAAUUCUUUCUAA